AUGAGCCAUGAUGACGUCAGGUUUCCGGUAUUCUGGCGGGCGCCCGUCACGUCGUCCAAGCCUGAAGACGUGGUCGCCUCGACGAGUCUCGAGAUGUCAGAAGGCGUUACGGCUGAACCGCUCCCUGCCUCGUGAGUUUUGAUUUAUUUUUUUGGGGGUUUUAGAAAAAUUAAUAUGGCUCAGGUUGUUUUAAAAGGAAAAAAAUAAGUAGAUUUUUUUCAAAAAUAAAAAUCUUCUCUUUGCUUCUUGCUUUUUUUUUAAAUGUUUCCUGGGAAAAAGCAUUGAAAUUCACCAAUUUUAAAAAUUUUAAGCGAAGGUGGGAAGUCAAGUAAAUAUUUUUAUUUCGAAAAUUUCAAUUAGAAGAAUUAUUUUGAGACCACAUUUUAUCAAAGACGCUAAAAGCAUUUCUCAAAUUUUUCAACAAGUUGCCUGGAAAAAUAAAAAAAUAUUUACUUUAAGAAAUAGAAAAAUUAAAACGGAAGCCUCCUCAAUGCAAAAAAACUUAUGGAUUUGAAAAAAAUUUCUUAAUUUUUUUAAUGAAAUCGGCUUGAAAAGUCAUAGAAUCAAUAGCCCGAUGUCCAUAAUGAAUGUUUUGAUAAAGUAAAAAAAUCAAGUUUUUUUUUUUGAUUUCGGGAAUAGUAUUUUCAUUGUCAUUCGAAGCAUUUUGGUUCGAAAGGUUAGUGGAAUUAGUCGAAAACUGCGCGACGGACGCGUAUAAUCUCCCAUCCGUCAUCCCAUAUUUUUUUCCUUGAACUCCCGGGUUUUCUUUAUUUUGAUGGGAGGUUCUGAAUGUCUUCCAUAGCUCCCCAGCCUCAUGAAAACGGUUCAUUUUGGUCGUCGCAUCGAUAUUAUUUUGAGGAGGCUGGUUUUUAUUCUAUUCAAGUUUAUUUAUAGUCUAUGAAUUAUAGACCUUCCACGUCACAGGUAAUAAAAAAUUCUGUGCUAAUGAGCAGAAAACGAAUGUUUUUCAGCUUCUUUGAAAAAGUCCGACAAUCCUUUUAAAAGAACCACUUCAGAGACAGAAACGAUACUUCUCAUAAAAAAUUUAUCCGAUUUUUUUCAAACUUCUGAAUCUUUUCAUAUGUUUUAGGUGACACAUAAAUUUUAAUUAUUUAGAGGAUUUUUUUCCAAAGAGAAAAAUUUCGAACCUUUUUUUAUACAAUUAGGUUGAUAAAUCUGUAAAAAUCUAACCAUGAAAUUUUCUUAAAUUCAAAAAAAUCUCGAAAAAAAGCUUAAAUUUAGAUUUUUUUUAUUUCAAUCUGCCUGCGUUUAUUGCGGAAAAAGGCUGAGAAAUAGCCAAAAUUGGAAGAUUUUCAUUUUCAAACUCAUUAACGACCCGUUGGAUCUAAUGGAUAUCCCUCUGGUCACAUCUUCAAACUUUAUUUAUUUCUUGUCAAAAUAAGUGCCGAAUAUUUUUUGUAACUUCGAAAAUUGGAGAUUCUGAUGGUUCGUAAUGAUUUUUUCCAUUUUGAAUACUAAAAGAAAAAAAAAAUUAUACUAACCCCAAAUUUUUCACAAUUAUUUUGUUGAAAGCUUCAAAAAUGCGACUUAGGCUCACUAUAUUUCAAUCCUGGAGUAUCCAAAUUUACUUUUAUACUUUUUAGAGCUAGAGAGCACUGGUAAAAAAGAGGUGCAGAGAAAAAAAAGUCCACCCUCUCAUUUUUGAAAGCUCUCUAAUUUUCGAAAUUUCAAACGUAGACUCGAAUAUCCUUGAAAAAUGUUCAAAAAUCUUCGAAUUUCAGAGCGGCAUCAGAACAACGGAUCCACCAAUAUGUCAACCGGCCACAAGGUGAAAUGGACAUGAUGGUCGGAUUUUUCUUGAUGAACGGAGUUUGCAUUUGUGAGUUCUUAUCAAAUAAGUGGUUAUUAGUUCUGUAAACCUCCUUUUUUUGUAUAACCAAUUUUUCUCAGCUCGAAACGGAUCUGGCAUUUACAGUCCAUGUGCAAAGUGUUUCCGAUCGUUUUUGGAGCCAAUUUAAAAGUUUUCCCAUUUUUAGAGUUUGCUGGGGUUUCAGAUAAAUGAAAAAGAGUUCAUAUGCCCGAAAAUCCAGCAAAAAAGCCAAUUUCUCCCAGGUUUCUUCCUUCUCUUCGGCCUCUGCGUAAUAUUUUCCUGCCUCAGGCGACGUCCAAGCUUCUUCCCACAGAGAAAACCUGCUGAUGUUAGUAAUUUUACAGUAAACUUUGGCGUGAAACGUUUUUUUUUUUUCAGUUGGAAGCUCUGACGCCUGAAGUUGGGCCCGUGAAACCGACCUUCAAGUGUGGGUUUCAGAUUUAUGUUUUUUCACGGAAAAGUUUUUUUAAAAAUAGAAAGCCUAAAAGUCUUAAUUUCGGGAUUUUAGACUGGUUUUUUCCAAAAACCGACGUUUGAAGGUUUUUUCUAACUUUGAGAGGUGAUUUUUUUCAGAUUUUCAACUUCCUGGAUGCGUCAGAGACUCUGAAAAAUUAUAUUAUUCGAUAUUUUUUUGAAAUCCAAUGUAAAAACUAACUUUCUAAUGGUAGAAGUAUGCUAACAAAAAUUGCAUUAUAUUAUUUUUUCAGAAGUUUUCAGCUGAAAAUCGAAUAUUUUCAGCAAUAAUAUCUCAAGCGAUGAGGGCCAAUAAGGAAUCGGACCCGAAUCCGCUGAACGGUGAUGCUGAUAUAAAGAAAAAUACGGCCGUUUUGCAGGAAGACGGUCAACAGGUACAUCUUACCUUGAUUUUUUUCAUAGACAUUUUUUUGCCAAAAAUGGAACGAUUUUUUAGAAGUUUUAUACCUCAGUUCAUGAUUUUUGAAGUCUGGAAGUUUUUUUUGUCGAUAUCUUGCUUUUGGUCUCCUGAAAAGAAAGUGGGAAAGAUUUUUUGUUGAGAAAUCGAUAAAAGUUGGCUGAAAGAUACUAUAAAAAGACCCUGAUUUUAAAUUUAUCGGAAAAAUUACACUCAUUUAAAUUAGAGCUGUAACUCUGCAAAGAUUUAUCUCUAUCGUUUAACUGGAAAAGUAUAGUUUUCAAUUCCUAGUUAAAAUUAUAUUUUCCAAUAAGAGAAUUCCUUAAAACUGCGUGAAAAAAAUCUUCAAGUAGAAAAAACAUCAAAAAAGCUUACGGCAAGCCGAAUUCCCAAGCCGUCUCCGAUCCAAGUACUACCGGCUCUCAACGUUGCUUAACUUGUCAGAUCGGACGGGAUGGCGUGUUUUCAACGUGAUGUGGUCGUAAGCGACAGCACUGGCGCGCAGAGAGAAUAGAUUCACCCUUUAACGUUUUGUUACCAUGUUGGCGCAGUUUUGUGACAGAUUCACAAUCAGAAUUUAACUCUCAGGAAAACUUUUAUUGAAUUGUCAACCGGAAAAUCUCAAUUUCUUUUUUAAAGGGCUGUUCAAAGCAAUUUUGCUUAAAAAUUUAUCAAAUUAUCACUAGAGCAUACUUUAUAUCCUUUCAACAAAGAUGAAUCGAGAAGUCGACUCGGACAUUGGUAACGCGAAACGGACGUGCUCCGGACGUUUCUGGGCGAUUCUAGGGAUCCCUUAAGAGUUCUGAGGCUAGUAAAGUGGUCACUAGAAAUGCCCCGACACGUCCGAUCCGCGUCCCGUUCGCGUUACCAAGUUCUGAGGAUACAAAUGGGUAGCAACUUUUGAAAAAGUCAAUCGGCGUGUGGUAAUCGGUGGUCGUUUGUAUGCUACCGGGUACUAUCUCUAUGGUACCUGGGUCGGAGGUCGAUGCAAAUAGCUACCGGGUAGCUACCUGACAUUCGCGAUUUCUUUCGGAAAGUCUGGAAUUGCUUCCCGGGUCGUUAUUUUUUGUUUCAGCUUUAUCCAAUAAGACCCUGAUAGGCUUGGGAAGGUGUAAAAAACACGGAUGGUAUAUAAACGACCGAUGUGCCAGCCAGUGGCAAUCGCGAACUUCAGGUACAUACUCGGUAGCAUCCAGAUACCGAUCAGGUACUAUCCAGGUACCAUAGAGAUAGUACCCGGUCGCAUACAAAUGACCACCGAUUAAGAUUCGCCGAUUCACUUGAGUUGCUACCCGGUACAUACUUGUAACUACCUUUCGAUUCACCAGUGAAAUAUGAAUAUUUUAGUUUCAAAAACAUUUUGAACACACACAGUUAGUUUUAAAAGCCAAAAAGUUAAUAUCCCUUCAGUUAACUCUUCAAAACUUAUUUUAAAAGCUGCGAAACCAUAAGAGCCUACUAAACAAAAAAUUUCCAAUAUCCCUAUAGUGAACUCUUCAAAUCUCAGUUGGAAACUUGUAAAACUCUUUGAUCAGGGGAGUUCAUUAGAUCGAGAAUAAAAUUCCCUUCGGUGCACUCUUCAAAUCUGAAUAUAGAAGCUGCGAAGUCACUUUAAGCUUAUUAAACAAACUAAAAAAAAAGAAUAUCCCUUUAGGGAACUCUUAAAAGAGACGAUUCAUUUGAGUGCAUUGAAAAAUAUUAUCUUCCGAAAUUCCCUGACGUCUUCAGGCUCAGGUGACGCUGCACGUCAACUCGUCGGCGUCGUUGCCUUCUGGAGGACGGAGGAAGUCGAGCGUCGACAGUCAACGCUCCAGAAGGUCGUCACGCUGUCGGGAGACGUCGUUCGCCGAGGACAGUGGCGUCAUCAUUCGUCACAACCUUCUGGGCCCGCUUAGCUUCGAUGACUUGCAUUAUAUGUGA